ACGUCAACUGACGCACGCUUCUUGAAAUGACGUUGACGUCGCCGCCGCGCCAUCGUUAGAAAACAGUGAACCAACACACUGAAUGAAACUUGAUGUUUCGUCGUUUGUGAGAUCUGCUCGCUGCAUGGACUGACAUCGUUUCAACUACAGGUGUUUGUUCAUCAGAGGUGAUCAUGGGGAUCAAAGUUCAGCGGACUCGGGUCUUCCUUGACGUUGGCAUCAGUAAUGUGCUUGUCGGCAGAGUUGUGAUUGAAUUGUUUUCAGACAUCUGUCCCAAAACCUGUGAAAACUUCAGAUGCCUCUGCACAGGUGAAAAAGGCCUUGGUAAAGGUACUAUGAAACCGCUGCACUACAAAGGAUGUUUGUUCCAUCGAGUUGUAAAAGACUUCAUGAUUCAAGGAGGAGACUUCAGCGAAGGUAAUGGAAGAGGAGGUGAAUCCAUCUAUGGAGGCUUUUUUGAAGAUGAAAGCUUCGCUGUUAAACACAACAAGGAAUACCUGCUGUCUAUGGCCAAUAGGGGCAAAGAUACAAAUGGAUCACAGUUUUUCAUAACAACAAAACCCUCACCACAUCUGGAUGGUGUCCACGUGGUUUUUGGUCAUGUGAUUUCUGGCCAAGAGGUUGUUCAAACUAUGGAGAACCAGAAAACGGAUCCUAAUAGCAGACCGUAUGCUGAUGUGAAAGUUUUAAACUGUGGAGAGCUCGUCCCUAAAUCUAAAGCAAAGAAAGAAGAAAAAAAGAGAGAGCGAGCCUCUUCCAGUUCCAGCAGUAGCUCCAGCGAGUCUGCGAGCUCAUCACAAUCCUCCUCUGAUUCUGAAGAAUCGGCGAAGGAAUCUAAGAAGAAGAAAAAGAAGGCGAAAAAGCUCAAAAAGAAACAGAAGAAGGAAAAGAAAAAGUCCGAGGCUGAAAGUGCUGAAGAGAAAGAACAAGAGGAGUUGGUUACAUCUACCGUACGUCCUGAAGAAAUACCACCCAUCCCAGAGAAUCGAUUCCUCAUGAGGAGGAGUCCCCAGGCGGUCCAGAAGCCAAAAGAGGAGGCUGAAAAGGAUCAGCCAAAAAAAGAGGAAAGAGCGAGGCCAAGAGAGAGUGCUGGCAUAACAUAUAAUUCAACAUAUCAUAGAAGACUGGUGAUGACACGAUCCGGGAGGAAGAUAAAAGGCAGGGGUCCAAGGCGCUAUCGGACUCCGUCUCGCUCUCGUUCAAGGUCCAGAGAUCGUUUUCGGCGCAGUGAAACCCCUCCCCACUGGCGUCAGGAGAUGCAACGUCAGAGGAUGAGGGCAGUCACCGGAGAGCGCUGGAUUAAGGGUGACAAAGGUGACAUGAAUGAGGCCAAGGAUGAGGCCGCUAAACCUCCGAGAAGAGAGAGACGGACCUCCGACACAAAGCACGAACACACAGCUGAGGGUAAAAAAGAUAAGAAAACUCGGUCACAUAGAUCCAAAAGCAAAGAAGAGGACACGGUUGAGAAGGAUGAGAAGCACAGCAAACACAAGGCAAAGAAAAGAGAUAAAUCUCAAAGCCGCAGCAAAAGCAGAGAAAAGAGUAGGAGGUCAAAAAGCAGAGAGAAGGGUCACAAGCACAAGAGUGAUGACAGAAAAGGUCGCUCUAGGAGCAAAGAUGACAGAAAAGGACGCUCAAAGAGCAAAGACCGAGAUGCUAACAAGAAAGAAAAGGAGGCAGAGUCUGAUCACAAUAAAGAUAGAAAUAAGAGUCCUGAGCCGGAUAAAAAGCCUAAAGAGGAUACCAAAGGAAGAAAUGGUGAGAGAACUAGGACAAAGUCAGAAAGUAAAGAUAGACCAACUACAAAAGAUGGGCACAGAUCAGGUAGCAGGAACAGGGAUAGGAGCGGACCUGCAGCGUCAAAGGACAAAGAAGAAAAACGAGAAAAAGACAGAGAGAGGGGCAGAGAUCGCAGUAGGAGUCAGGAAAGACGACACAACAGCGAAAGGGAGAAUAAGAAGCGAGGAACAUCCAGGGAUAAGGAACAUCGAACAAGAAGUCCAGACAGAAAUAAGCCGAGAGACUCCCACCGAAGCAGGCGCUCCAGAAGCAAGAGCAACAAGAGAGACCACAGCAAAGAUCGUUCCUCUCACAGAAAGGACAAAGACAGAGAAUCUGGCAACCAAAGGAGAAGACGUAGCAGCAGCUCUGAGAGCGAUAGAGACGAGAAGAGGAAGAGUCGAAAGAGUCCAGAUUCCAAACGAAGAGAAGAAAAUAGUACCUCCAAAUCCAAAGACAGGAGAAGCCCGGCCAAACCGAGACCAGAUAGUACAAAGGGCAAAGACCGGAACAACAGCAAGAGGAAUAAAUCGAGCUCUAGCUCGAGCUCCGACAGCGACUGAGUCUGUGAUGAUAUCCUAAAAGAAUUGGGAGUUUUGAAGUCUGUCCCUAUUUUAUACCCACUACACAUGUAGUAUGCAGCAUCAGCUCUCCAUCUAGAGUGAGACUUACUCAUUCAGUGCAUAAAAACCCACUCCACCGUUCAGCCAAAGCUAACAUGGUUAUACAAAAGUCUGUCAAAGCUAAUUUCCACUGUUAAGAACUGCGUGAAUACCACUCAAACUUGCAAUGGUAGACUGCAGCAUCAUGCGAGCUUUGGCAGGACUUUGUCGAAUUGUCCCCCAUUAAGUGCAUCACACUGUUGACGGGGAGCUGAAGCUGCACGACCAGUUUAGAGGAUUUAUGACUGAAAAACAAACUCAUCUACAGCGUGUUCUGCAUCAGCAGUAAGUACCUGUUCUUUUAAUCGUACACGACCAGAGGAGGUCUGUUUGAAGGCUGUUUUUAUUUAGGAUUCUCUGGUAAAUUAUAUUUUGACUUUACAAUAGUUGCAAUUUCAAACUAAUUUUACUGCAGCAGUGAUCCUUUUUAACGUAUCCCCCCCGCCCUGAUGACAUUUUCUCCUGUUUCAAUGUUAUUUAACGCAGUUGGUUUUGGGGAUAAGGACCGUCUCUAAGUUUGGCAAAUGUCUAAUGUUUACUUCUUAUUUUUACAAAAACAAUCAAUCUGGAAGAAAACACUCUUUUAAUUCUUGCAUGCUUAUCCCUGUCACUGUUAGAUUAAAUAUGUACAUGCAUCUUUUUUUUUUAUUACUGUAAUCCUAUUUGUUAACCGGUUUUGAGAUACCUCUGGUUUGUUUUUUCUAAUGGAAAUAAAAAUGUCAGUCAUGCUGUAAGUACAACAUAAAAUCAAUUUGUAUAAAUUGUUUUGUGCAAAUUGGUUUUAAGAAGAACUCGACUGCUGUGUAGAAUGAAUUAAAAAGGCUCAACUUUGAUUUUAA